AUGGAUAUAGAUACUGACAAAGAAGAACUUAAUGCAGGUAGGACAGUCGAUGAGCAUGAGUCGCUCGCUUCUCGUUAUGCAAGAUCCAGGCCUAGCGGCAAAGCUCCUACACAGGUUGAGACGCGUGGCAAGUCCGUGCACGAACGACCCAUUGGUUCUAUGAGGGCUGGUAUUCCGAAAAAGAAGAAGACCGCUCAUAAACCACACGUUGGUCGGCGCCCCUAUGGAGUGGAUUUAGGAGACAUCGCCGACGGAGAGGAAGGACACUAUGAAGAGGGCGAACUUCCACUGGAUCCUGUAUUCCCUGGUUCUGAUAAUCUGGAUAGCUUCAUGCAGCAGAUGUGUGACGUCAUUCGUGACGAUUCCAUGGAUGUCGAUACGAACCUUGAUACUGAGCAGGUUAAUAGCGUUGAGCCCGCCAUUCUAUGUUCAGGUAACUUGAAGAACCCAAGCAUGGAUAUUGGGGAAAAAGAAUUUUCUGUUCCUUCUGCAGAUGUCGUAAUAGAGAAGCCAAUUGAGGAUGAGGCCUUUCAUGAUGUAGGUUUCGAGGAACAGGGGUGUGUCUCUGCACCAAGUUUCUCGGGACCCGACAUUGGAUUAUUAGUCGACAUGCUGGCUGAACAGGCCACCAGAGGAACCGUGGGACCACCCUUUGAGAGUGAUUCAUUCACAGGACCAGCCACCGGGACCGAUACUCUUACGACUCCUGGUAUUCCCCGUGUACCUGAGGACGAUGGACUUGCAGGACCAGCCGUUGUGCCUGAUGCCACUACAGUUUCUGGGACCGAUAGUUUGCAUAAAAGCGGUGUCUCCCUGCCACAGCCGAGAGGUAUAACCGAUUUGCCUACAGGGGUUGAAAUACCCUCCACGACUACUCCUGCCGUUAUCUCGGAGCCUGUCAGACCUCAGCCCGAAGGGACCUCCGUUGGCGUUGGAUCUCGAUCAUCUCUAUAUGAGCGUGUCCGCGCCCUUUUGGCCGAUACCGAUCCCGACAAAGACAUUUUUCGUACAGACCUCGGCCUUUUUACCGUCUUUUUUAACGGCAUGAUCGAGAAACUUCUUCAUCGAGGAUAUUGCUUCGAUCAGUUCAGGCGUUCCUUUUCUCGCUACAUGACAAUGAUCAGAGAAGAAGGGUACCCAGAGCUGGCCGAUUCCUUCACCGCCGAUUUUAUUGUUCUGGAGUCGGAGAUCCGAGAGUUGAAGGAAUUGAAGGCUAAUGGGGCUUCUUCCUUCGUGUCUUCUCAGAUGGAGCAUAGGCUGGCACAGUGGCGCGACCUGAGAUCUUCCAUCGGCCGCGAGCUUCAGUCACAUGAGAGUUCCGUUGCGCAGCUGAUGGCUACUGUGGCGAGGAAGGAUACCGAUAGAGCCGGGUUACUCAGCUCUUUGGAUUCCGGCCAUGAGGAAGUGGUUAGGUUGAAGGAGGCCUUGAAGCACGCCGAGGAGUCCGUUACUAUUAUUGCAGAAGACCUGGCUGGAUUAGAGCGUUCUCGUGGACAGGCCCUCGAGAAGCUAGGCUCUACACAGGAGAGAUUGAUGAAGCUGAAGAAUAAAGCUGUGAAGAUCUUGAACAGUUCUGAAGAAUCUGUCUGA